AUGAAGCCAAGCACAAACCUCCAGUGUCACCAAAGGAGAGAAAAGGAGAAUCCUCAAGCUCUGCCAGGUGUCUUAAAGUUCUGUGACUCCAAUACAGUGAAGCAGAAAAAUCAAUUUACUCCUCCUGAGAAGGAUUGCUUCCCUUCUGGAACACCAGCACUGAACACCAAGGGGUCAGAACCAUCAGCAGUAGUAACAGAGGAAGAUGAUGGUGAUGAUGGAGAGGUGCAGCCUGUCAUUGCCCCACGACCAGAUCAUACAAAACCAAUUUCCACCCAGUCUAUAACUGACGCUGUUCCUGCUCCUCUUGGUGACAGGAUUGUCGACAGUGGUGCCAAGUCUUCAGACAAACAGAAGAAGAAUACGAAUUUGACUGAUGAGGAGAUUAUGGUGAAAUUAACCACCAUUGUAAGAGCAGGAUGUCCCAAACUGGUAUAUACUGGAUUUUUAAAAAUAGGCAAGGGGUUUUCUGGUCCAGUUUUUACUACUAUUGAUGUGACUCUGGAACAAAAGGUUGCAAUUAAACACAUUUAUAUACAGAAAUAUCCAUGGAAGGACCUGAUCCCCAAUGAGCUUUUGGUGAUGAAAGAAUUAAAGAUUCCCAACAUAAUUAACUUACUGGACAGUUACCUGGUCAGAGAUGACUUGUUUGUAGUGACCGAGUACCUUGCUGGUGGGCCACUGACUGAUGUUGUAACAGAAACCUGCAUGGAUGAGGCGCAGAUUGCUGCUAUGUGCAUAGAGUGUUUACAGGCAUUGGAGUUUUUACAUGCCAAUAAUGUGAUUCACCAUGACAUAAAAAGUAACAACGUACUUUUGGGGAUGGAAGGAAAUACAUUCAUUACUUAUUUUUAUUAUCUUUCCCUGAGUUUUAUCCAGUAUAGCCUAAGCAGGAGGGGRCUGUGUGACCCUGACCUCAGGGAUGACAAAGGAAAAUAUGCCCUUUUCUAA